UCCGCAAGAAAGAAAAAGAAAGAGAUAGAGGGCACACAGCAGCAGCCAGACCAGCAAGAUCUCACGCGAAUCCCUCCGACGAGCGAAACCAAAUCCGCUCUCUCGGAUCAUGGACGGAAGCCACGCGAACGCCGCGGCUGCGGCGGCCGGAGGAGGAGAGGGGACGCAGAGGACACUGAAUCCUUAUGUCACUGGCAACUCAGUGAUUGCAAUGAAAUACAAGGAUGGUGUGAUCAUGGCAUGCGACACUGGAGCUUCCUAUGGCUCAACUUUGAGGUACAAGAGCGUGGAGCGUAUUAAGGCGGUUGGUAAGCAUAGCCUUAUCGGAGCAAGUGGGGAGUUCAGUGACUUCCAGGAGAUUUUGCGCUAUUUGGAUGAGUUAACUUUGUCUGAUCAUAUGUGGGAUGAUGGAAACUCACUGGGCCCCAAGGAAAUCCAUGCCUACCUGACAAGAGUGAUGUACAACAGGCGCAAUAAGUUUGACCCUCUGUGGAACUCACUGGUGCUUGGUGGCGUGAAAAAGGGCCCAAAGGGCGAUGAGAAGUAUCUGGGCAUGGUUAACAUGAUUGGUACACACUUUGAGGAGAACCACAUUGCCACUGGAUUUGGGAACCAUAUGGCAGUCCCGAUCCUUCGUGGUGAAUGGCGCGAGGACCUGACUUUUGAAGAAGCUGUUAAGCUGAUUGAGAAGUGCUUGCUGGUUCUGCUGUACCGUGACCGGUCAUCCAUCAACAAAUUCCAGAUUGCCAAGAUCACGACCGAGGGAUCAACCAUCUACCCACCGUACGCCCUGAAGACCAACUGGGGCUUUGCUGCCUUCGAGAACCCAUCCCAGGGUGCUGUAGGGACAUGGUAGAUUUAUGCAUGCUGUGGGGCCAUGAGCUAGGAAACAAAGCAAACUGCUGCUGGAAUUUGCUGGAACGGUUUCAGCCCCCAUGAGCGUUUGAUUUGAACAUGACUGGAACUCCAGAUUUGCUCUGUAUGGCAUGUCAUGUGAUAAUUUCAAGUUCUGUGAACGUUAAUCUUGGAUCUCGUAUAAUAUAAUGUGUCCUUAUUGCUUC